AUUUUUUUUUAAUUUUAACUAUACAUUUUUUUUUAUCUCUCUUUUUUUUAAAAAAAAAUUACUAUGAAUAACAAUAAAACUGAAUUGCAAAUACAAGAACUUGUUAAUGAAUACAAGAAAUCAGGCAAUGAUUAUAGCAUGAAUAAUCCUCGGGCGUUAAAGAUUCAUGUUAAACGAGAUUUAACUCGAAAUGACAGAGAACAUCGCAAUGUGGUUGAAAAGGAGCCUCGUCGCAUAAGGGAAGAUCCAUUUGCCUUUAUGUUUAAUAUAGGGUUAUAUUAUCAAGGAACUGGAUGGCGUGGCUAUAAAAAUUAUAUUGGUACCAAGAUCCUUUAUCCAGGUUUUUCAAACAAAAUAAAGCAAAUAGUAUUGGAUAGUAAAGAAGUUCAAGACAGGAUUGAUAAACUUGCUGAUCAACAAACUGAAAUCCUUGUAGCUCGAAAGAAGUGGAAACUUGGCGAUAAAAGAAUAAGGAAACAAAGAAAAGCAUUGAGAAGGGAACUCGAGAUUGUUACUAAGCAAAUAGCUGAUAAAGCAGUUGCUACUGUCGACAGUCUCCCCACAUUAAGGUUUUUUGCGUUUAUUGUUAAUAAUAUCCUUGUACGACUCUAUCAUCAGGGAGUACAUAUAAGAGAAAGUGAAUGGGUCAAUCUUAAAAGAGUAGCAUUAUUAGCACAAGAAAAAAAGCAAUCCCUCAUCUUUUUACCAUCUCACAAGUCUCAUAUAGAUUAUCUAGUUGUGUCAUAUUUAAUGUUCAGAUUAGGUAUUCAAAUUCCACAUAUUGUGGCAGGCGAUAAUUUGGAUAUGCCUAUAGUAGGUAAGAUUUUGAAAUCAUCUGGUGCUGUCUUUAUUCGUAGAGAAUGGGGCAAUGAUGAAUUAUACAAGACAGUUUUAGAAGAAUAUAUAAUUACUUUAUUAAGUCAAGGAUUAAACUUUGAAUGCUUUGUGGAAGGCACACGUUCAAGACUAGGAAAACCGCUUCAACCUAAACUUGGAGUUAUAAAAAUUAUUUUAGACGCAUUGAUUAAUCAUCGUUUUUCUGACUGCUAUAUUGUUCCUAUAUCCAUUGGUUAUGAUAAAAUUAUUGAAACUUCAAGUUACGCUACUGAAUUACUUGGUACACCUAAAGAAAAAGAGAGCUUAUGGGGUAUACUUACUAACAGUAGAUUAUUGCAACUCAAAUGGGGACGUGUUGAUGUUCGUUUAGGUGAGCCCUAUUCAUUAAAAGGAUGGUUAGAUGAGCAAAUCAAAAUGAGAGGUCCAUUGGACCUGUCAAAUUCAUAUCAGAAAUCUGUUUUAUUAAAAUCACUGGGAUACAGAGUUCUCGCAGAUAUCAAUGCUAUUUCGGUUGUCAUGCCUUCUGCAUUGGUAGGUACGGUUAUUUUGACAUUGAGAGGAAGAGGUGUAGGAAGAAGUGAGCUCAUCCGACGCGUUGACUGGUUAAGAAAGAUUAUUGAAGAUAAGGGUGGUCAAGUUUCUGAAUUUCAUGGAAUGUCCACAGGGGAAAUUGUUGAUAAGACUGUAGUGAUUCAUAAAGAUCUUAUUGGUGAGAGGAAAGGAAAAGAUAUUGUUGAACCAACGUUUUAUCCUAUUGCUGCAUUUGAAUUAUCUUACUACAGAAACCAGGUGAUUCAUCUUUUUGUCGAGGAAGCUAUUGCAUGUGCAGCACUUUAUACAGUCAUUAAAAAGGGUGGGGGGAAACCUUUGCAACGUAUGAAGUAUGAUGUUCUUUUAGACGAAAUUUCCUUUCUUUCGAGUUUAUUGAAAUCAGAUAUGAUUUAUAAGCCUGGCGGUGUCGAAAGUAAUACCAGGCGUACAAUUCAAUGGCUAGCAGAGAAUCAAGUGAUUGAAGUGACUGAAGAUGGUUGGGUUGGUUUAAAUGACGUUGAAAGACAAUGUGGCAGAGAAAAUUAUGAUUUUCUUUGUUUUAUGAUCUGGCCAUUUAUUGAAUCUUAUUGGUUAGCUGCUGUCAGUUUAUUUACAUUAGCACCACCUAGUAUGGCUGCUAAUCAAGGCUCAAUUUGGGUUGAUAGUAAACUAUUUGCUAAUAGAGCACAGUCAUUGGGCAAAACCUUAUAUUACCAGGGAGAUUUAAGUUAUUUAGAAGCUGUGAAUAAAGAAACAUUAAGUAAUGCCUUUACUCACUAUGAAGAACAAAAGAUUCUAUUGAAGAAACGAUAUUCGAACCCUAAGCCAUGGUCUGAAGUUGCAGUCAGCCCUGAUUAUACCCCCGAGCGACAAAAUGGCGUUUUGAUGCCUAGAGGACACCUUUGGGAGCUCGUAGAAAGAAUUGGAAGAUUUAGAAGAGAAGGAAAAAAUAGAAGAGAUAAUGCAACAGUGAGCACAAGAGUCCUGAGACUAGCAGACAUGUUGGGUGAACAUAAUACAAUCCCUACCGCUAAUCAAAAAGCUUAUAGAAACAAAAAGAUCCAAGAAUCAAAAUUAUAAUUGUUUUGAAAAAAAAAUAUAUAGGAUUUUAUAUUUCAUUGUUAAACUUUAUAGUUUUAUACUUACAAAAUAUAAGCAAGAAAUUUUAUAUCUAUCUUUAUUUUUAUAUGUUACGUUAUUCUGUUUGAAGAAAGCCAUGAAGAUGCUACUGAAAGCUAAAUUCUUUGUUCUCAUCUACGUAUUACCUCAAAAAAAAAAAGUUAAUAUUUUAUAAUAUCUGUAAUACAGGUUAUAUAUAUGAGAUACAUACAUAUCCACAAAUGACUUUGUUUUUGAUUGGCAAAGGAGAAUGUAUGUCAGGC